GCAAUUUGUUGCGCACCUCUUUCCCGCCAAAUCCAUAGAAACCCCUUAGCUCUCCGGCGUACCUUCUUCAAGUGGUCCUCCGGUGGUAUCGAAUUAGUUGUUGAAAUGGACGACGACGACGGAUCAAAGAAAACCCUAUCGGAUUUCUUGACGGAAUAUCACUCCGACCAGCUUCAAUCGAUCCUUCACUCCUCCGACCAUCGCCUUCAUUACCCCCUCUAUGUAGAUUUUGCUGAAGUGAUGGAGCAAGAUUCUCCGCUUGCUCAUGAAAUCCUUUUCGAACCAACAAAGUACUUGCCUUUAUUCGACGAAGCAGCAAAAUUGGCUCAGGAGAUCAUGUAUGAACAGACUAAGAAAAUUUGGGAGAAUGAAAGUUAUAAGGAAGGCCUGGAACGUCCAUCUCCAACUAUCAAGGAAUUUGUGCAUGUUCGGAUUGAAAUCCGUGGUCCUAUGCUUGAUAAUCCUGAAUUAUGUCCAAGCAUUGGACGUGUUCGUGUGAAGCAUCGUGGUGUUCUUCUCACUCUGAAAGGAACAGUAAUUAGGUCUGGAUCAAUUAAGAUGAUAGAAGGGGAAAGGGAAUAUGAAUGCAGGAAAUGUAAAAAGAGGUUUAAAGUUCAUCCCGAACUCGAAAGCAGAAAUUCCAUACCCAAGCCCAUUUUUUGCCCCUUUCAGAAGCCCAAAUUCUGUGAAAGCACAAGUUUCCAGCUUCUAGAAGGCAACAAAGUGUGUCAUGAUUACCAGGAGAUAAAGAUUCAAGAAAGCACUCAAGUUUUGGGUGUUGGGGCAAUCCCACGUUCAAUUCCUGUUAUUUUGCAGGAUGAUCUUGUUGACAUUGUUAAAGCUGGAGAUGAUGUUAUUGUCACAGGAGUUUUGACAGCUAAAUGGUCACCAGAUUUGAAGGAUGUUCGCUGUGACCUUGAACCUGUAUUUGUGGCCAAUUAUGUGAGGCGAAUAAAUGAGAUAAAGUUGGAUAUUGAAAUCCCUGAUGAUGUUAUUCAGAAAUUCAAAAACUUUUGGUCAGAUUUCAAAGACACUCCAUUAAAAGGUAGAAAUGCCAUUCUACGGGCUAUUUGUCCACAAGUUUAUGGGCUCUUCACUGUAAAGCUAGCAGUUACAUUGACACUUAUUGGAGGAGUACAGCAUGUUGAUGGUUCAGGGACAAAAGUUAGAGGCGAAUCCCAUCUUCUUCUUGUUGGUGAUCCAGGAACAGGAAAGUCUCAGUUUUUGAAAUUUGCUGCUAAGUUGAGUAAAAGAUCUGUUAUUACUACUGGAUUGGGAAGCACUAGUGCUGGAUUAACUGUCACAGCAGUCAAAGACGGAGGUGAAUGGAUGCUGGAAGCUGGGGCCCUUGUUUUAGCUGAUGGUGGACUAUGUUGCAUUGAUGAAUUCGAUAGCAUGAGGGAACAUGAUAGAGCGACUAUACAUGAGGCAAUGGAGCAGCAGACUAUAAGUAUUGCUAAGGCAGGUCUUGUAACCACUCUGAGUACAAAAACUAUAGUCUUUGGUGCAACAAAUCCCAAAGGCCAAUAUGAUCCUAAUCAAUCUUUAUCUGUGAACACAACGUUAUCUGGGCCUUUAAUAAGCAGAUUUGACAUAGUUCUUGUUCUCUUGGACACCAAAAAUCCCGAAUGGGAUAAAGUUGUCUCGGAUCAUAUUCUUGAUCAGGCAGAAUCAGAUAAGAAUAAAUGUCAUGAAGAUCUUGAUAAGAUGUGGCCUCUUUCCACGCUCAGAAGUUAUAUCCAUUUUGUAAAAGGGUAUUUUAGACCAACUCUAUCGAAAGAGGCGGAAAAUGUUAUUUCGAGAUAUUACCAACUUCAAAGAAGCAUUGCAACUGAAAAUGCAGCAAGGACUACUGUCCGAAUGCUUGAGAGUUUAAUUCGACUUGCUCAAGCACAUGCACGAUUGAUGUUUAGAAACGAAGUGACUCGAUUAGAUGCCAUCACAGCGAUCUUAUGUAUCGAGUCAUCUAUGACAACAUCGGCCAUUGUUGAUAGUGUUGGGAAUGCAUUGCACUCUAAUUUCACUGAUAACCCUGAUCAAGAAUAUGCCAUGCAAGAAGAACUGAUCCUUAAGAAGCUUAAAAUCUCUUGAAGUUCGGGAUAUGAUUAUCAUAUGAGUCUGGCGUAUGUGGUGAUGUAGGUGUAAAAGAUGAUAGAAAAUGAAAAAUGUUUUAUUGUUUGUGAGAUGAAGUAUAGAUGCUGUUGAGUAUACAUAAUGUUGGUAAAAGUUUUGUAGAGGUAUACAGUGGUAUAAAAAUUUAAUUGAUUUUGCUAAUUUUGUAAAUCACCAAAAGCGAG